CUGAAAACCCUAGAUUCAGGAAUCAAUAUACUUUGUUCCCUGAGCUCCCUUCUUUUCUGCCUCUCUUCUCGCGUGGCUUCUGCUUUCUUUCAAAUCUUACCAGGUAAGGGCUAAAGGCAGAGAGAGUGAAAAUGGUUGAUAAAACUAGGGGAAGAAAGGAAGAGGUGGUGACCAGAGAGUACACCAUCAACCUUCACAAGCGCCUUCAUGGCUGCACAUUCAAGAAGAAAGCUCCCAAGGCUAUAAAGGAGAUCAGGAAGUUUGCACAAAAAGCCAUGGGGACCAAGGAUGUGAGAGUUGAUGUCAAGCUGAACAAGCACAUCUGGAGCAGAGGGAUCCGAAGUGUCCCAAGAAGGAUUAGGGUUCGCAUUGCUCGCAGGAGAAAUGAUGAUGAAGAUGCAAAGGAGGAGCUCUACUCUCUAGUAACUGUUGCUGAAAUCCCCGCUGAAGGACUAAAGGGUUUGGGCACCAAGGUCAUUGAUGAUGAUGAGUAGUAUUUUCUUGAUCUCUAGUUUAUGAGAACUUCCAUUUUGUUCACCAGUUUUGGCUAGUGUUACAAUUGUGACUUGUGAGACAUACUAUUUUCCUCGUAUAUUUGGUUUGGACUUUUAAGCAUGGUGCUUUUUAGUUUUAUAAAAAGAUUCAAACGAUGAA